AGCACAGAUAAUCUACUGUGUAGUUUUGUACUUAAUUUCAAACAAACAAAAUUUAUUUGUAAUUGUAUUUAUAUCUCCAAUACCUGUUUAAAAUCCUUAAUUCAAAAAUUACUGGAUUUUCUGUCAUAAAAGAGGUCGCUUCACAGAUUAUGGAAACAUCUAGAGUGGUGUGGGCUGUAGGCCUAAUAAGUUAUGAUGUAGCUAAUAUGCUCUUUUAUUUUUAAUUGCUUAGAAUUGAAUUACACAAAGGAGAAAAAUCCGCAAAAUAAGCGUAAAUGGUGUACUGAAACAGGCUGUAAUUUCUCUACUGUGAAAAAUGACUGAUGUAAGUCUACAGUUAAAGAAUUACCUCAGGAAACUGGAUAUGCCUGCAGUUCUCAGUGAGACAUUGUGUCAGAUUGAAGAGAUAACAUUCAGCUCAGAUGCAUCUCGCAGUUAUCAGCAGCUUAUCACUGAACUCGUAGAAGAGUUUGUUUUCUCUGAAAUUGAUAGACGGGGCCAACCAAAAAGAAAGUUAUCAGAAAUUAGAGAGCUUCAGAUUUUGCACUCUCUUUGUGAUUACUUUAGUGAGUCCAGAAAAGAAAGAAGAUUGGCUAUUUUUUUGUUACUUUUCCCAUGUUCAUCAAGAUUACCUGAAAAAAGACAAUCGUUAUUAGCUCAGUUAGUAUCAUUAGCUGUUGCUGUAAAGAACAGUAGUAUUUUACAGUGUGUGGGUAUGUGGAUGCAGUAUAUAGGAUGUACAUCCACAGUCUCCAUGUACGUAGCCAAUACUUUACUGACAGAUUACUUUAAGGUAAUUCCAGACUGUACUGGAUACUUGGUAGAUUUACCAGAAAUUUCACCAGUAUUUUGUGCCAGCCUCAUUGUUGCAUUGACACGCAUUGUACCUGAAACUUCUCCACCGUUAAAAGUAGUCGAACUAAUAUCGCAGUGGAUAGGUUCCUCCUCAUCAGUAUGUUUUAGUCCACUGGAAAUUCUUCCUCCAGAUCCUUCCCAUUACACUGAACCAGAAAGCCCAUUAUGUGGGCUCUUACUUUGGUGUAUUUUGUCUCCUUUCAGAGAAUGCAAGUCUGACGUAUCACCAUAUGAUAAAGUAAUUCUUUCUUCACAUGAUUCUUUGAAACCUAUUGAAAAAAGUGAUAACAGUUCAAAUGUUUUUUCCUGUCUUCACUUAAUGCUUUUAGAGACCAUGAUGAAAUCUGGACAAAGCAGGUAUGAUGUUACACUACUUAAAUACAUGGUUCCCAUCCAUGAAGUUAUUCGAAUGAUUAAAAUUGUGUCCUCUAAAUGUACUUGCGUUAACCCAUCUUCUGAUGCUGUUGAGGUCUCUAUGUCACGUUUAGCCCAAAUGUUGCAAAUAGCUUGUGCAUCAAAAUGUCUUCAGGGAAAUUUAGAAGAUAUUUUUAAGUUGGUUCAUCAUUUACCAUAUUCACGACUGCUACAUAUCGUUACAGGAUUUGGAAGAAAAUAAUUUUUCCUUUUCUGUCAUGUUAAGAAUAACUGUUUAUUUUUCUUUUCUUUUAAUGUUUACAUUUGAAUUGAGUGAAGUAUAAAAGAUAAUAAAAACUAUGAAAUCAUAAGUUUCAGACA